GAAGAGAACGCAGCGGUAUAAAACGAUGCGUUCAUCAGUUCGCGCGAUCAUACGUCGAGCAGUGUGCGGCAAGCAGUGGACCACGAUUCAUAACGACAGAGAUUAUUAAAUCUAAUCAAACAAUUAUGUCGCCGAUGUCGAGUGUAGUCAUACUCAUCACUUCAAUUGUGACUUUUCCAAAUAUCGAUCCUGUGACUUCUUCCUCUCUGACCGUUCCAAACUGUACGACCAAUACGGACUGCGAACCCAAUUUAUGCUGCUUGCUAGGGCCUUCAAGAUAUUCAAUACCGGCUUGCAUGCCGUUCCAACAAGAAGGUGAACAAUGCCGAGUAAACGCUAAAACUAUCACGACCAAUUUGUCUUAUCCGGACAAUACGCAAAUUGAAGUUAAAGAUAUUCACUUCAUCCUGUGUGCUUGUGCGGACGGAUUGUCCUGUGAUCCAAAAGACGGCAUCUGCAAAGAUUAGAAUUUUCUGUCAAUCAAAGUGAUCGGAAACGUCAUGAUCAUCAUGAUUAUAUGGAGCCAAAUAUUUCGAGGAAAGAAACAAGUAACAUUGAGGAAGUAUUUUCAAUUGCAUGUUGACCUUAAUAGUAGACCGAAAACAUUCACGAGAAAUUAAAA